ACCGGAAGUGAAGGCGGCGAGGCUUGGGCGGUGGUGACUGGGCUCGCGGAAGGAAGGAAAGGCAGUGAUGGCGGCACUGGCGUCAGGCUCGGAUUCGGAGGCGGACUCAGAGGCGCUCUCGGACGCCGAGCUGCAGGAGGCCUUCGCUCGGGGCGUGCUUAAACCGGGUCUCAAUGUGGAGCUCGAGGCGCCGAAACGCAGGCAAAAUGACGUGGCUGGGCUGGGUCAAUGCCUGGCCGAGUUCCGGAGGAACCUGGCGUGGGUGGAGCGGCUGGACGUGACCGUGGGGCCAGCGCCAGAGCUCCCAGCGCAGCAGACGCUCCUGGAGCCUGGAGCCGUGGACCCCGAGGACGACUUCCGGAGGGAGAUGACCUUUUACCGCCAGGCCCAGGCUGCGGUCUUGGCCGUGCUGCCCCGGCUCCACCAGAACCAGAUCCCCACCAAGAGGUCCCAGGAUUACUUUGCAGAGAUGGCCAAGUCUGACCAGCAGAUGCAGAAGAUUCGACAGAAGCUCCAAACGAAACAGGCUGCCAUGGAGAAGUCUGAAAAGGCCAAGCAGCUUCGAGCGCUCAGGAAGUAUGGCAAGAAGGUUCAGACAGAGGUUCUUCAGAAGAGGCAGCAGGAGAAGUCUAAGAUGAUGACGGCCAUCAAGAAGUACCAGAAAGGCUUCUCCGACAAACUGGACUUCCUGGAGGGAGAUGGGAGGUCGUUCUCGAGGGGCCAGAAGGAAGGUGUCAAAGCCCAGCAGAUGAAGAAGGGGCCCAGUGCCAAGCGGCGGUACAAAAACCAGAAGUUUGGUUUUGGUGGAAGGAAGAAAGGGUCCAAGAGGAACACCCGUGAGAGUUAUGAUGACGUGUCCAGCUUCCGGGCCCGGACCGCCCAUGGCAAGGGCCCCCACAAGAUGGGCAAGAAGCUGUCCAAUAAGAGACCUGGAAAACGGGCGAGAGAGAAAAUGAAGAGCCGUGCACGCUAAGUGCCACCUUUUAUACAAAGGAGUGGACACAAAGGACGUAGGCUCUUGCCACGGCCAUCCCUUGGCUGCCUUUGCUUUCUGAAUGGGGGGGGGGAACUGGGGGAGUUGCAAGCCACCCCUGUAGCAUUGGCUGGCUGGUGGGGGCUGGGGGUGGGAGAAUGGGUCCUAAAAUGGGUGUGAGCAGCUUCAGAAGAUUGGGACAUGGCCCAAGGACUGGGGAGCCAAGCAUCCCUGGCCCCACUAGUCUGAGCUUUGCCUGGCCUUGAUGCGCCAGAACUCCGCCAUGUACUUUGUGAUGUCCUUGUAGCUGCGGAAAAAAUUGAUCCUGGUGUCCGUGCGCUCGCUGGGGAUCUAGAGGAUGACAUACGUGGCCGUGAGGGGGUGAGGCAGCUGUUCCCCUGCUGCCCUGCCCCUGGAUCCCCGACCCCCCCAUCAUUCAUAGCCCCUGUGGGGUCAAUGCCAGCCCCUUUCCAAAGGCUGUGUAAAUAAAUGACUGUCAGGACCAUUA